ACCCCCUACUGCGACUGAGUUUUGUUUACGAAAAGGCUGUGUUCCACCAAAAACAAAACAAAAUCAAGAAAGUUCAGCUAUCUUUGCUGAAAAGUGUUAAGAAUUAACGAUGUAUUUUUGGCGUGUGUGUGUUUCGCCAUGUUAAUUAGAGUUUUCUGCAUGCUGUACACGUUGCAGCCAUGGCGAACUUAACGACCAAUUCGCUAUUCAUCGCAACGGGUGUGCUGUUUGUUGUUGUGCUGCUGUUCCUGGCGUAUCCAUACCUAACCUUGACGGCAGCAGCGUUAUGUGGUAUCGUUCAUAUAACGUACAACCACAGUUCAGUUUUAUACAACCAUUAUACUUAUUUUACGUCGGUAUUAUGGCCGGCACUAAGUGGAAAUGACCGCCAACCUCUGCACUCCCCCAAUUUGUUGACUGGCAUUGACCUGCCUAGCCCUAUCCCUCACGUCGCUAGUGGUUUGGAAACAGCCAAGAACCGAAGAAGUCCUGUGGAUGAAAUUGUGUCAUCAACACCACGCUCCACUCCUACUAGCAGUCAUGGUGCAAGUGCCCCUUCAGUAUUGCCCUUGCCUUCCAGAGUUUCACCUGAGAUGGUUGCUGCUGACAGUCGCCAACUCAAUUUUGGAAGAAUCAACACUCCUAAAACAUCUCGUAACCAAGCUCAAGAUUUUUUUCAAAAUCAUGUAGAUCCUAGCUCUUUUCAAAAGCUACGCAAUAGAGCAAACAGUGGCAAGAUGAUACAGACCACUGCUGGUCCUCUUCUGUCUUCAGUCCGCCACAACCCAACAUUUGACGCGGGUCUCUUUGUGAAUGUGAAUAGUCCUGGUUUUACGGAUAGACUAGUGCGUUGUGCAAAUGAUAAUUCAGGACUUAAUUGGGGCCACAACAAUCCUGCUACUCAGCAAGACAGGUAUGGUUCAGUGGGCUUGUUUCCCAUUGUUCAUUUAAAUUCAUCCCCGCCCUCUUCAUUGACCUUAAGGAAUAGUCAAAAAUUGCCUAGCAGUUCUGUCCGAGUAAAAAUUGCUCCACCUAUAUCUCCGGAUCAACGGCAACAUUAUAACAGAAAUAACAUGCAAAUGAGGUCGUAUAUGUCAGUUCGAAAAAAUGAAAUUGCCAAGUCAGUGCUUGAAAGUCUCCAAGAAGCAUCUCGCAAACGUAUAUAUUCUCAGUGUCAAGAAGUUAUGGAAGACGAUCCUGGUAAAAAACGUCAGCGGAAAGGUGACUCUGCGUUACCUAACCCUAAUUGUGAUAUGUACCAAUACCGUCACAUCCGAGCGCCAUCAGUGCCCUCAGCUGUGGGAUCUCAAAGUGACAUCCAGUCUCAUGGAAAAAGACUUCAUGAUGACCCCUCAAGAGCAAAUGAAGCAAAAAGACUACGGCAGCAAGCAAAACCUCAGUCUUCCAACAAUGAAAUUUCUAGCUCUCUCAGCUCUAGUAAAACAUUGCUGCAAAGGUUGAGUGGAAAUAAGCGCAAAGCUGAUUGUUAUGAUUUUGGAGAAGAUGGGAAAGGAAAGCUAUUCAAAGAAUCAGCCUCUGAUGUUUCUGCUCCCUCAACCUCACGUUGGCUCCAUUCACAAACAUGUGAAGCAGGAGAAAGCGCAGCACGCACUCAAGAGGUUUUACGGAACCGAAAGAAGUCACCCAAUACUUCAUCAACCACAACAAAGAAAGUUGUCCAGAAAAACGUUAACCUAAAUGAGUCAGCCAAUGUCAGUGCUAUACCGAAAAGCACUCCAGCUAUAGAGAGGGUAAACAUCAUUUCAGAGAAAAUGGCUGACAAACCAGAAGUUGACUUGACAUCAAAACUUUUCAGAAAGGAUGUUGUUGCUAGAUCACAUCCUAAAGCCAACCAGUCUGAAAAGAAAGGAAGUUCUUGGUCACAGGUUCCUCCAGAUGCUGACGAAAGGUGUCUAUUUGAACAGGGUAGCUCGUCUGACUUAGAUCGCCCAGAGCGGUUUCAGAGCCUCCUAUCACGCAUGAGUGGACAAGAUAUACGUAAUGUUAAGGAGUCUGAAGACAACCUCAAAGUUUCUGACACUCUUAAAAACAACAGCAUAUCGAACCUGGCCCCAGAUAUUGAAAAAAGUAAUUCACUUGUGACCUCUACUGUCACUCCAUCUUCUUGUGCAGUGAUUGCAGUACCCUCAUCAGCAGCAGCCACCAUUUCAGGCUUUGCUGCAAUGACUGAACCUAGUCCAAUGAUGAUGACCAAAGUUCCAACUUCAUCAGUUGCACCUCCAGCAUCACCUCUCUCAUCUUUGAUCUCAGUAAAUACACCACCAGUGGAAAAUCCUUUAUCAACACCAGCACCUGCUCCUGCCUCAACUGGUGACAAAUUCAAUUCAUCUGGAAAGGAAGAUCUAACUGCUUCAUCUUCAUCAGCCAAACCAAUGUUCAACUUCACUCCUUCAAACUCUCAAGCAUCCCCACGUGCUGUUAACUCCCAAACUAAUUCACCAGCAACUACAUCUACAAGCAGUUUUACACAACCUAUGUUCCAGUUUACUGUUACGCCUUUGAAGUCUGGUCAAGACACUUCAAAUGUGAAAACUGCCAUUGUCUCUCCAUCUGACUCCUCCAAUCAAAAGACUUCAUCAAGCUUGCCUAUACUCUCCUCAAACCAAUCGCCAGCAGUUGUCUCUGGAUCUGAUUCUUUCAAGACUCCCUCUGCCACCUUUCAAAGUGGAUUUUCUUUUCUGCCAGUGCAAUCGCAACCCAGUGUUACUACUCUAACAGAGAGUAAUUUUAAAAGCACUGCUCCAACGGUAGAUAAGCCUGUUACAUUUAUGAUGUCUGGCCAGAAACCUCAAUUUUCAUCUGGUUCCAGUUCUUUUACACCUCUUCAACAUCCUCAAGUGAAUGUAACAUCUGGCAAUAGUGCUCCAGGUGGUUCUUCUAUUACAUUUGCCAAUUACAAGCAAUUACAAGCAUCAGAACCAUCACAAACUAGUGUAUCUGAAAAAAAAUCGUUUGGAGGAUUUACAUUCAGUGGCCCAUCUGGAUCUAUAUUUGGUGGUGAACUGAACUCUUCAAAUGUCCCACCUACUGUAACAUCUUUCUCUUUCACUCCUGCCUCAUCAUUGCCAGCUAUUAAUACAAGUGCCAAGAAUACUUCUGAAAGUAAAUCAGUGGGUGGAAGCGGUAGUAUUACUUUUGGAACUGUCUCAACCAGUGGUACACAGGCAACCAGCGCAAUGGCUUUCAACUUCUCCCCCCCUGCUGUUGUAAAUUCAGCUACUGAAACAGCAGUGAAAACAACCUUCCAGUUGAGCACUAAUUCUUCUAUCUCAAGUUCAAACCCACCAAACUCUGGUUUUAGCAAUACCAAUCAGGGAUUGUUUAAUGGCUUUGGAUCCAUCCCAACUACUACAUCAGCUGUCACCUCUUUUGGAGCCCCCAAGCAGAAUCAUCAACAACAACCCCAGCAACAGCAACCCCAGCAACAACAACCCCAGCAACAGCAACAGCAACGACAGCAGAAUCAACAGCCAUCAAAUCAGCAGCUUCAAACCCAGCAGCAAACCCAAAGUUCAGGGGGCUUUUCUUUUGGGAGCUCUUUGUCGAGUCCACCAUCUGCAGCAGUACCUUUUGGCUCAGUAACAGCAACAGCUUCAGUCUUUGGAGAAGGGGCGUCUCAACCACCAGCUUUUGGCGGCUCAACUACUACUGGCUUCUCUCUGCAAGCUGCUGUACCAUCAUUCAAGCCUUCUCCAUUUACUUCUUCAAAUUCAUCCAGUGGGCUGCCAUUUGGAUCUCUCCAGCAAACAAAUGUUUCUACCAAUCUUUUCGGAGGUCAGACUGCAUCAAACAACCCUCCAGCAUUUGGUCUCAUGUCCUCAUUUAGUAGCAACUCAGUACCUCCUGCCACUUCAACUUUUGGAACUGCUGCUCCCCCUUCCUUUGGUGCCUCAGUAUCAGCAGAGUCUACAUUCGGUGCCAGUUCCACUGCAGCGCCAACCCCCGCAAUCUCAAGUGCAUUCACGUUUGGUGCUUCAACAAAUGAUAAGCCACCAGCCCCAUCCUUCAAUUUUGGGGCCGGUAGUACAUCUACAACUCCAGCAUUCAGUUUUGGCAAUAAUGACCAACAGCAGCAAAACACUAUGUUUCAAUUUGGGCAACCUCCCAGUUCCAGUGCUGCCCCAGCUUUCCAAUUCGGAUCCACCUCAGCACAACCAGGAGGUAAGUUGAAAUCAUAAAACUUUUAAAUUACAUUCUUAAGGUUUCUUAA